AGGUGUUAAAAUGGAGAGUGGCAACCAGUUUUGCUUGGUCCGUCAUAUUACUACCUCUGAGCAGUGCAGCUUUCAUGGUUCUCAGCAGGCUCAACAUCUUUCACCCUAUACUGUGGCUCACAGAUUUAAUAGGUGAUGCUUCCAGCAGUUCCAUAUUCUUUUGUCUGCUUUUACUGUCGGUGCUACAGGGGGUCCAAUGUGCCUUCAAUGUGAAGUUUUACUCAGUGGUGCCUACCAUUCCUGGCUCCCGCCUCUCCUUGAUUGGCCAGAUCCUGCUGCCGCAACAUUUGCUUCACUCAUUUGUUCAUUCUCUUAUGGGAGUGUUGGUGUUUUGGUGCUGCACUGUCCUCAGCCGAGGGCCAUACCAAAGUCUGGCUGUUCCAUGCAAUACUGAUCCCAGUGAUAAAGAUGAUGUACAGAAGAUGUGUCUGAAUGAGCGUUACCUCUUCCUUCUGCUUACUGGAGCUUUUCUGGGUUACAGUUACAGCCUGCUGUAUUUCAUACACAACAUGAACUACCUGUCGUUCCCUGUCAUGCAGCAAUUUAAAUAUGUUCAGUUCAGGCGGUUCCUGCCUGUACUUCUGCACCACAGCUGUGUCCAGUCCCUGUACUUGAUCCGGAAUUGUACUGCUCUCUAUUUUUUCCUGGGUUAUAUUCCACGAACCUGGUUUCAAGGCAUCCUGAACUUACAUCUGGAUCAACAGUUACCACCACUUGAUUCUCUGUUUGGCCUCCUGGAUCUGUCAUUAUUUUACCAAAUUUGGUUAUGUGGUACUUUCCUGCUCGUCACCUGGCACAUAGUCUGGUUACUAUUCCAGAUCCACACAACAGAAGCCCGAAUGUUUCCUGUACAAUCAUCCUUUGUGGAAGAUGCGGAAAUGUGCCUUCCCAAUGCCUUAGGCUGCAACUCUCCACUCUUGAAGUACUUGGCCUUUCAGGAUCUUGUGCUGCUUUCUCAGUAUUCCAAAAUUCGGAGACAGGAUGUGUUCAGCCUCAGCCAACCAGGAGGUCAUCCACACAACUGGACCGCUAUCACUAAGGAGUGCCUGAGUGUUUUAAGCAAUCUUGCAGCUAGACUGGUGGCUCAUCAAGAAGCUGCUGCAAGUAAUGGGCAUGUGAGGUUCCCAUCUUCCUCAGCAGAGUUGAGGAAGUCAUCCAGCAGCUCAGGCACUUCAUUAAAUGAAUCUAUUGACCAGGCUGGGAAAAUUGCUCCUGUCGCUCAAACACCGAUCUCUUCUGUACUGAAGACCAAAGCUUCACUCAAAAGACCUUGGGACUCUGGUAGUCCCUUUGCCUCCCCAGUGGUAGGUCAUAUUUCCACUGCCCAGGACCAGAAUUCUCCAUGGCAUGGUUUCCGUGCAGAGCCCCCACAUUAUUAGGAGAGGUGCAAAGCUUUGGACGUGUGGUGCAGACUUGGAUAUCCAGAGAAGCGGCUCAGAAAAAUCGUCUGUCUCCCCGGGGAGCCCAAGACCUGUCAACAGCACUGAAGGGCCGAGCUUCUUCUUCAUAUGGUACCAAAACAGACUGGAUCAGAUCAAAAACUUCUUGUCAAAGCGAGUCUUGAUCAUGUAUCUUUUCAGCAAGCACCCAGAGGCCUCCAGUCAGGAAGUGUUUGCGGAUUCACAGAUCCAUAUCUGGGCUUUGGAAGGGUUGUCUCAUCUGGUGGCAGCCUCAUUCUGUGAAGAUCGGAUGGGAGUGGUGCAGACAACAUUGUCCAACAUACUAACUACACUUCUGAAUCUACAAGAGGCAGUAGAGAAGCAUUUUAAGCUCCCACAUGUAUCCAGCAAGCCUGCAAGAGCUGCACCAGGUUUGGUAGAUUCCUCCUAUAAGACACUACGAUUUGCCCUGCGAUCUACUCUAAAGACUGCAAUCUAUAGGAUAACCACAACGUUUGGAGAACACUUACAUGCCAUUCCAGCAUCUGCAGAACACCGAAAGAAGCUGCAGCAGUUUCUCGACUUUAAAGAAUGA